CUCAGCGAUGUUUUCGUGGCGGAACCGUGCCUGGAUCUCCACAUCUGCUGGUUUGAAAUGCUCCAAAGGGAUCUGCGCAAAGUUGAGAAGCUCCCGUAUAUUCUCCCGUGUGUGAGAAGUGCGCAUGCGUCUUGUACAGUGCAGCAAUGGCGGCCUGCUUCAGCGUGUGUAGGGCAUAUGUGCGGGGAGCGGACAGGCUGCUGAGACUCUGUCCGCGCUGUGAGUUGCAGGCUCAGACCGGGCUCUCCAGGCUCCACAGGACCGGCUUUGCGACAGCGGCUCAGGCCGUCAGUAACACCGAGCAGACCGCUGUAUCAGAUGCUAAGGAAUCAUUUUCCUUGAUCCAAGAGAAAAGACAUGAUCAAGCUGAGAGGUCUGUCCUGAUCAACUGUCCCCCAAAUACCAACAAGAAGAAGUUUUUAGCUUAUAUAUCUAAACAUGGAGACAUCAGGAACCAUUUCUUUUAUGAGACCUAUGGAAUCUAUGCUGUGGUUGAGUUCUCCAGCAGGGACAGUAUCUCAUCACUAAAGGAAAACUGUACUAUACCAAGUCUGCAGCAUGAAGCCUCCGUGCCCUUUAAAUCUCGUCUGCUCACGUUAAGUUCGACUGCUACGGGCAAGAAGCAAACUGGACCAAACGCGAUAAAGUGCCACAAUCUGACACCCCCUUCCUUUGAUAAGCUAAUAAAUCAACUAUCCAAACAAGAGACUGUAGAUCAGCAGAUGCAGUGUCUGACCGAGGCCUGUCAGCUGACUGAAGAAAACAUCAGCCUGCGCUUCUUGGUCUGCUCACUGCUCAGAGACAUUGCUGCUGCAUAUUUCCCAGAUUGCAUUAUCAGGCCUUUUGGGUCCACAGUGAACAGCUUUGGGAAGCUGGGCUGUGAUCUGGACAUGUUUCUGGACCUGGAUGCAGUCAGUGGCCACGACCAGAGCAAGGGUUCUGGGUUGUCUCUUGAGUACCAGGUGAAAAGAGGAGCGUCGGAGCGGAACGUCACUCAGAGUAUCUUGUCCGUCAUCGGUGAAUGUGUGGAUGUGUUCAGUCCGGGUUGUGUGGGGGUCCAAAAAAUUCUCAAUGCUCGAUGCCCGCUUGUUCGAUUCUCACAUCAGCCAUCAAGCUUUAGGUGUGACCUCACAGCAAACAACAGAGUGGCGAUGAAGAGCUCGGAGAUGCUGUUUAUAUACGGCUCGCUGGACGAGCGUUUGCGGUUUCUGGUGUUUACAAUACGCUACUGGGCUCGUGCUCACGGCAUCACCAACAGCUUUCCAGGAGCAUGGAUCACCAACUUCUCCCUCACCAUGCUGGUGGUGUUUUUCCUCCAGCAGAGGACUCCAGCCCUGCUGCCCACUCUGAACCAGCUCAGAGACCUGGCAGGCCCAUCAGAUAAGUGUGUUAUUGAGGGGAAUGACUGCACGAUGGUCACUGACCUAAGCAAGAUUACACUUCAGCAAAACACAGACACACUAGAAAAGCUCUUGCAGGAGUUCUUUGAGUUUUAUGGGAGUUUUGACUUUGGGAAAAGCUCCAUCAACAUUAGGAAGGGAAGAGAACAGAACAAACCUGAAACAUCUGCAAUGCACAUCCAGAACCCGUUUGAAACAGAUCUGAACGUGAGCAGGAAUGUUAACAGUAGCCAACUACAGAGGUUUGUGACUCUAUGUAAAGAGAGCGCCUGGAUUUUCCAGAGCGGGGAUAUGCUUAAACGAAGGUCUGCCAGCUCAUCUAACAAGAUCCCACAAUGGGGAGUUGCUGCACUUCUAAUGCCUUCAGUCACUAAGUCAGUGGAGGCGAGGGAGAAGAGGAAUAGGAGAAAGAAUGAGAGGACUGCAGAGAGGAUAAUGUCUGUGCUGCAGUCUUUAAAGAGUCCUGCAGAAGCAGGUGAGGCUUAGAAUUUUGACCUUGACUGACAGUCACCACCACUAGAGGGCAGCGUGCUUCUUGACCAUGAAUGAGGUCUACUUGAAGCAUACUGGGGAACUAUCAGCUGUGUAUGGGUUACAGACAUGGAUACACAAUAUCGUCUUGAGGGGUACAGCUGAGUGAGGCCGCGAUACAAUCAGGGUGAUGAGGGGCAUUUGUUUGACCCUUUCCUAAACCAGACAUGUUCGUUUUGUCCCUGAGAACACUGUAGCUCCACAUCUAUUGAACAUAAAAACAACCAUGUUCACCACUAACACUCUCAACUGGGUUUCACAGGUUCUGGUUCUGAAGGUUACAUUUUAGGCAUCACUAAACAGGAUCUCAGAGAAGCUGCUUUUCCUUUUCAAGGUCAAGAACUAAGAGUCUCUCGACUACACUCUGACCCAGUUCCUCUCACAAGACUUGUCUGAAGUGUGUCAGUCAGACAGUGUUAUCUUCCAGAGCUAUAAAUAUAUAGUCUCUCUCUCUCUUUGGUGACCUUGUGCUCUUUGGAGACCUGGACUUCUAAGAUCAGCGUUUCAGAGUUUAAAUGUAGAUAAGGAGGAACGGCACAUCUUCCUGCUGCAUAAAUAAAGGUGUUUUUUAAUGUACGAGAUUAAAUGACACUUUUUCACAA